AAAUAUGAAGCGCAAUUUCCUAAAUAUUGAGGAAGUGAGCUGUCAGAGUCACCACAGCUACAGAGCAUGUCUGGGGCAUGAAUAGCUCCAGAAUCAAUUCCUGCUUUUUGGUUUGAUGAUGAUUACAUUUCACACUAGGAAUCACCCCAGAGAGAAACAAAGACAGCGCGGCGGCAGCAGCUCGAGAAUCGUCCCACCGCCCAGCCCUGCUGAUGGCAGAGAUGAGCUGGGCUGCUGGUACUCAGUGUGUAGCCAAAGGUGACCACAGGAAACCAAAGCCUGGGGAACUAGCAUAUCACAAAAGAGAUAUCCUUACUAUUGUUGACACCAGCACGAAGAAGGGAUGUUACCAGGCUAAACAUAACUCUACAGGAGAGGAGGGGCUCAUAAACUCCACAAAUGUGCGUGAGAGAGAGGCUCUGCGUGUGGACCCCAGCCUCAGUCUCAUGCCCUGGUUUCACGGGAAGAUCUCCGGUCCAGAUGCGGUGUGUAAGCUGCAGCCAGCUGAGGACGGUCUUUUCCUGGUUCGAGAGUCCAUCCGCCAUCCCGGCGACUAUGUCCUGUGUGUCACUGUCUCAGGAAAGGUCGUCCACUACCGGGUUAUUUAUCAGGACAACAAGUUGACCAUAGACAACACCCAGUAUUUUUACAACCUCAUCGACAUGAUAGAGUUUUACUCAAAGCACAAAGGCUCCAUCGCUACAACUCUUCUGAAGCCCAAACAGAAACAAGGAGCAAAAUCAGCAGAGGUGGAGCUGUCUAAAUCUGGAUGGCUGCUCGAUAUUUCAAAGCUCACACUGGGGGAGAACAUUGGAGAGGGGGAGUUUGGUGCUGUUUAUGAGGGAGAGUACAUGGGCCAGAGGGUGGCAGUAAAGACUAUAAAGUGUGAUGUCACUGCUCAGGCCUUCCUGCAGGAGACCACAGUUAUGACGAAGCUGCAGCACAAAAACCUGGUGCGCCUUUUGGGCGUCAUUCUGCACAAAGGGCUUCAUAUCGUCACAGAGCUCAUGACUAAGGGAAACCUUGUUAAUUACCUUCGGACUAGAGGACGUUCAGUCAUAAGCUCAGUUCAGCUACUUCGCUUUGCUCUUGAUGUAUGUGAGGGAAUGGAGUAUCUGGAAUCAAAGAAGUUGGUGCACCGAGACUUGGCAGCUCGUAACGUGUUGGUGUCUGAUGACAAUGUAGCAAAAGUCAGUGACUUUGGUUUGACCAAGUUGGACUCAAAGGUUUCAGAUAAUGUCAAACUUCCUGUCAAAUGGACCGCCCCUGAGGCUCUGAAGAAGGAGAAAUUCUCCACAAAGUCGGAUGUGUGGAGCUAUGGUGUUCUUCUGUGGGAGAUCUUCUCUUAUGGCCGUCAACCUUACCCAAAGAUGUCACUGAGCGAGGUGAAGGAGAGGGUGGAGGGGGGCUAUCGCAUGGAGGCUCCAGAGGACUGCCCCCCUGCUGUUUACUCCCUGAUGAGGAUUUGUUGGGAGCAGGAGCCGCGCAGAAGACCCACUUUCCACAAACUGAGAGAGAAACUUGAGCGAGAGACAGAUAAACUCAGCCCUGACCCCGGGUCUGAGUGUUCAGAGGGGAUCAGGUGUGGAUCUGGAUGUUGAUCUUAGCAUGGACUCUUUAACCCUCAAUGGCGGGAAUAAAGUGCAACUUUCCACACACUAGUAACAUCUUUGGUUUGGUGUGCACCACACAAGAUGGCCAAGUGAAAGGAAUAUUCUUAUAAACCUAAAGACAAUAGAAUUUGUGGACUGUGGUUUUAAAACACAGAGUAAAUGAUACCCCCCCUUCCUGAACCCCAGGACACCUGUAUCUUCCCUUUCUUCCUGAAUGCGCUCUUACAAUCUGCCUCCUGAUCUCUGUCUUAUUGUUGACACCUUCAGUGCUUUUAGCUACUGGGGUCACACACACACACACACACACACACACACACACACACACACACACACACACACACACACACACACACACACACACACACACACACACACACACUCAGCCAAAAGGUUAAGACCUCUGUUGAUACAGGUACAGGCCUGCACUAGGAUUGUGUAGUUCUAUACCUUAUUCUACUCAUUUGCCUUUGACAACUUGCAAUUUAACCUGGUGGACGAGACAGGCCUGCAAUCAUGUAGCUGGACAUCAUGUGAUGACCAUGGGAAAGAGAUUUGAUUGUUGGAGUCAUGAAUUUAAGGAUGUCAGCAAAGUGCAAAAGUUGAAUCAGACCAAUUAUGAUCAUCUUUAGUCCCAGUGCCUCAGUUGAAUGGUAAUGGUUGAUUGAUCUUUUGACCACUGUGGUCCAGAAAUAUCAUAACAGCUAUGUGAAAUGCGGAACUCACAAUACGAUACGAUCGAGACGAUCGAUACGUGGUGCUGGGAUCAAAUACAACUUUUCAUCAUCAUAAUUUGUGCGUUCAUUUUGCUGGUUUUCUGCCUUAUACCUAGAAUUCCAUCUUUGAUAACAAAGGUGCUUUUAUUUUGAAAGGUCACAAAAGGUACAUUUGGGGAUGUCUGAGCUAUUGGCAUCCCCAAAAAAGGCCUAAGUUCUUGUGUUGUCUUGUUGCUUUAUCACUUUUUCAAAAGCAAGUGUAGAGACUCAUAGCAUGUACUCAAGGAGUAGAGAGGGAGAGCUACAGUACAGUACUGUACUGAUGUAUAACAAGUGACAUAAAUUCAGACAACAUCCCUCUGUCAUUUAAAAGAUGGCAUUAAUAUUCACUUUUAAUCUCACAGAUCUGUAUCGUCCCUUUUGUUUGCAGCUCUUUCACUGUCUUACGUGUUACCGUUAAAUCUCUUACAACAGCUCUGUCAGGAAUUUCCAAUAUCAUUUUGAACAGAGAUACAUGGCUUUUCUUUAUAGUAAAAAAAAGUUUUUGACUAAAAUGAGGUGACUAAAUGUGAUAUCAGAUCCUUUACAAGCCUUUUAACCCUCCUGUUAUGUUGUGGGUCAAAUUGAGCCUUUUUAAAGUAAAAAAAAAAAAAUAAAAAAAGAUGUUUAAAGUAUUAUUUAGCAUUUCUAAUGUCACAGUGGAUAAAAGGCUAGUGGUAUUUAGCGGUUUCCAUCUUAGGUAAUAUAUGCCUUCCAAACCAGCUAAAUACAGCAUCAAAACCUGGGCAGCAUGUGACAGAAGUGGUGUCUCGUGUUAAUUUAUCAGCAUCACUACAUUUAAAUAAAAAAAAAAAUCAAAAUGCCAAAUAAAAUAAACAAAAAUCUAUGUCAUGUAAACUAUUGUAUUUAUAUUUAGGUCUUUCCAAUGUUUCCAAAUUAAAAAAAGUUUUAACAUUAAUUUUUAUGAAAAAAGAGUGAGGAUGAUCUGUGAGGAUUUAAGAACACCAUUGCACUAAAUAUUGAUUUAAAAUGUUAGUAAUGGAGUUAAUAAUGAGAUAAAAAAAAUGUUUAUUGUGAUUUUUUUGGGUUCUGACACUUUUGGUCAUUAAAUAUGCCUUGGAUCAAGUUGAACAGUAUUGCUGUCCCUAAGAAAUGAACAUGACAGGAGGGUUAAACUAACUCACACAGUAAUGUAUUGACUGUAUUUUUGAAAUCUGUUGACACUGUUGAAAUAUUGUUAGCCAAACAGUUACUACAGAAGUGUAAAAUUUGGUGAAAUACUUUUUGUCAUUAACAGAAAAAAAUCAACAAUACUUUUAUCAUGCUAAUAAGUUAUUUCAUGUCAGCAAAAGCCCAAAAUGAAAUCGGCUCAGUUUCAAAGAGCAUGAGCUCUUCACUGUAUUCUGAGUCCGUCCUACAAACAUACUCCGCUUGGCUGCUGUAAACUCUUGCCGGUGCUGGAAACAAGAGUAGGAAGGAAAGGGAAAAAUGCUUUUCUUGGAUUUAAGUCUGAUUGUUUCCUAGUAUUAAUGCUCAGCAUUGUGCCGUGGACUUAAUAUGAAAAUACUAAAUACUAAUGCUUCUAUACAGAGAGUAAAGACUGUACUUAAAUACUUCUAAGCAUUUUGCUCAUUUACAGAGAAGAUUUGGAGGGUUUAACAGUUAAUUUAAUGUAAAUUCUCUGCACACUGUUUGUUUUUCCCACAGCAAUGAAGCCCUUUGACUUUUAUGAAUACCAGAAGCUGAAGAUUAAUUUUGGCAUGUAUUUGAUUUUUUUAGAUUUAGAUUUUUAAGAUAGCUAUCCUCAAACAACUUUUGUCACUUUGACUGUCAUCCUGCUGGUCAACAUUCUUGGGGGAGGCUUUGAUUGGAUUCAUUCAUAUUUCAUCUGUUAUGUAAGACUAAAUCUAUGGAAAACACUGCGUUUAUUUCUACUUCUCUCCCUCUUCAUUUGGAUUUUGAGAUUAUAGGAGUGACUUUUUGUUAUCCAAUGUCCUCUCGGGAUCUCUUUGUGUAUUGGCAGGUAGAAAAUGUAUUCUGAUUUCCCAAUCUAUGGGGAAAUAGGUUUUUGACUGCAGACGAUUGUGUUACAUUUAUUUAAACAUUUUCUAUUUAUUGAAGCACCUUAACCACUAUUUUCCAUGUAUGCUUUUUAAUUUAAAUGCAAUGAAGGUUCAUCUCUCUGAUAAGGAUAAUACAUAUUCAGUUCAAAAUGAACAUUUUUUGGGCUGCUGUCACGUCAUAACACCAAAUUAAAGAUGUCAUUUGUUUUAAGUCGAUGUAA